AUGAUGGAGAUGUCAUCUGCACUAAUUAUGUUAGUCACAGCAACCAACAUCGUGUGGAGUGCAAAUUUAACGGCACCUGCAGACGGUGGAGAAAGUCUACGUUCACGUGUUAAUUCACGUGCUGACACAGGUAUAUACAUGUACACGUAAAAUUAAAUUUCUCGUUUUGUCAUGUGCGAAAUUCACCGCCAGCAGUCGUGCAUUAUGGGAACGUCACAAUUUCUAUAUAGCAUGCGAAAUCUUGUAAACAUAAUGGUGUCCAUUCUCAUCUAAUGAACUUGCGGUUAUAUAGAACUCGACAACUACUAGCCUCUGCUUGUAGCUCUAGUUGGUUAGAGCGCUCUUCCAGAAUCGCAGGGACGCAGGUUCGAUUCCUGCAGGAGGGCCUAUAUAUAGUUGUAUUUUUCGUAGCCGCUCCUGUUUAUGGGGCUAUAAUUAAUGUCUAGAAUUCACAGUCGAAAUUUUUGGCGAAGAUCAGUUGUCUUUCAGCUUAGAUUUCAAAUCACGUAACGAGGAAUCAUAUUCAUAAUUAUAAUGACCUUAAAUUAGCAUUUCAGGCAAAGAAUAUUAAGUUUUCCAACUCUGAACUAUUUCGGGGAGAGGGGAAUGUCGCCCCACCACGUAGAUGAUUUAUCAAAGAGAGGAGCGUGUCGCAAUCGUUCUGUCGCCUGAAACUGAAUAUAAAUUUUAUUUAAUUUUGUCGCUUUUUAUCGAUUUUAUUGUUGUGAAUUUAUAUCGUGCAAUUUUAUAACAUGUGUGACUUUAAUGGAAGAAAUAACUCAGUAUCCAUAAAAUAAACGUUCGCUUUGUGAAAACAAAUCAUAACUGCAGAAAUACAAUAUAAGAACACUUCCCAUGAACAAGUAAAUGAACAAGUCUCUAUAUACAGUAUGUAUGCAUUCUACACUCUAAAAACACUCUGGUUAAAUUCAACCAGGAACUGGAUCAAUAAACUACCUAGCACAUUCCUGGUUAAAUUAACUCAUUUCCGGGUUGAAAAUUAUUGAUUCAACAAAAAUCUGGCCAUACUUCUUUGGACUUUUAACCAGGAAAAUGGUUUAAUUUUUUUAACCAGGAUUGUGUACUUUUAACCCCAUCCUGGUUGAAUUAACCCAAAUUUAACCAGACUGUUUUUAGAGUGUAUAUCUAUCAUUUUAUCGGAUAUAGGAAAACGUGUCCUACCCCCAGGAGUUUGUUCGACGAAUGGAUUCAGCCCAACAGGCCUUUCUGACUGUGUGUGUAAUUUCGCUGGUGCAUGUGACCUGAACACCGGUGCGAAAACAGCAGCUGCAAAAAAAGACCUGACGAAUUUAGAUGGCGUUGCACCAAAGGACAUGGAUCAAUUUGCAAUUGGCACACCAAGCAGUGUUGGUACGAUAUGUGAAGGAGGCACUGUUGCUAUUCUAUACGACUGCGACGCUCGUAUACCAUUGUACGCUGCUACAGUGAUAGAGGGCGCUAACGCGGGAGGUAUGUUAAUUUAAAGUGUCAUUGAUAUACCGUACGUAUUAUUAUUAUUUUAUAACACACGGUAGCCUUUCAGAAGAUCUGCUUUGGAACCAUAUAUGAGUAGAUAUGAAUAUAUAUAUAUAUAUAUAUGGGGGGGGGGGGGUGUUAACAUUUUUUCCGGACAUUAAAGAAAUAGGUCAAAAAAUAAUUUUUCCGGACGAACAUCAGUGGAACUAAUUAGGUUCAAAAAUUUUUUCCGGACAAAUUCCUGUUAAAACAUGGGGCAAACCCUUUUUUUGGGACCAAUAUCUGUAAAAUUUAGGUUUAGAAAAUUUUUUCCUCAUUCCUUUAUUUAUAUAAAAAAUGUUUGAAACUAUUAUUUUUUUAUUUUGCAAGUUUGGGGCCCUCACUGGGGGCCCGAGGCAAACUGCCCCCUUUGCCCUCCCCCUCUGAAAGGCCCUGCCUGUCGAUGUCACAUUUUCCAGCUGGUUUCUUCACUUCGCCAGCAUAGGCAAUGUUUAAGUGCUUUUCAAUUGCCAUAGUCGCUCAGAUUCCUCAGAACAAUGUUUUUUUCACUGUUUUGAUAAUUUUUUAGUUUUUCCUUAUUCAUUACCGUCUAGCGCAUUCUAAGCUUAGCCAAUCAGAAUUCAGCACGUGACUUAAGCAAGCCAAUAGCGUUUCGUUAUUUGUAUAGAUCAUGUACGCGUGAUAUUUACAAAAUUUCGACUUCCAAAUGUUUGGGGGAAUUAAAAUAAACUGUUUACCUGUUUAAUUCAGCAAUUUUUUUUCUUUAAAACCAGGGAAUAUAAGAACGACAAAUGCGCAGAUAGCGCAUGUGUUUACACGCAGACUUGAUUGAAGAAAUACGCAUUUUGCCACCUGAUCAUGAUAUUAUUUAGGACGAGACAACAGUGGUUUGGACCGUUUGGUGUUGAGAUGCUCGUUACAGUGAAGCGAUUCUGAAUUUGCUUCUACAUUUGAGACUACGCAUGCUCCGAUUGAGAUAUGCCGCUUUUUUGUCUGACCGCCCACCUAAGUUUCGCGUUACAGCAUACGGGUUUAUUCCGAUCGGAUUACAAAGUGAAACGAUUUUAAUUGCUACUAGCAUAUUCUUCAUUUUCCGGCAAAUUUUGACCUUUAUAGAUAGAAUUAUGGACAUAUUUUAUGUAUUCGUUCCUACAUUUCAGAAAAGCAAUAAAAAUAAUCUUUAAUAUACAGUUUUGUUCAUGAUUUUGGCGUUUUGGAACCAUUUAUCGCUGAAAUUUCUGGGGACUGGGAACGAGCUCUGGUUUAAAACAACGCCGCGGUCAAACGUCUGUGUGUAUUGACUGCUAGCUAAUAUUCUAAAGAAUAUUGCGAGAGUAACCUCUUCUAAUCACAAGGCUGGCCGUUUUAUGAUAUAGUUCAGAGAACCGAUUGAUUGAAGCACAGAGUUUGGCAAUAACCGCUGCAAAAAUCUGGUGUCUCACAUGCUCUUGCAAUUCCCUGUGAAUUUUGUGAAGAAAGCAUGCCACCUAUCCAGAUGUGUUAAGGGACCCAAAGAAACCAAGUGAAUAUGCGUCAGUGACGGGCGUAAAAAACAACGAACGCUUCGCCCGCGCGGGCAAAGCGAACGUUAAUGAAAACGGCCUUAAAGUGCCUAUGACACGAAAUUUCACCCCAAAUGUACUUAAUAAUUUCUUUUAUAGAAUUUUGGUAACUUGCUUCCUUUGCAAGAUAUUCAACUUUGUUUCAUAUGCAAAUAUCACCGGUGUGUCAUCACAUCGCAUAAUGACAUUUUGAAAACGCAAUAUUUUACCUUGAUAAAAUAUUUUUACAAACAAAUACAGAGGGUUAAAAUAAUACCAGUUAUGAAAUUAAUACAUAUACAAGGGCAAUUUUUAAGGGUUUUUUUAGAUACGUAUUAGUCAAGAAAACUAUACUUUACUGAAAACUCAUUAUGUGAUGUGAUGUCACACCGCGGUGAUAUUUGCAUAUGAAACAAAGUUGAAUAUCUUGAAAAGGAAGCAAGUUACCAAAAUUCUAUAAAAGAAAUUAUUAAGUUAUUUUAAGUGAUCUUUACAAUGCAACCGUAAACAUUUGGGGUGAAAUUUCGUGUCAUAGGCACUGUUUAUUAAAUUACUAUAUUAGCAAAACAAAAAAUGUGCAAUUUCAAAUUCACGUCUAACAAAUUUAACCUGCAUCAUUUACACAAAGCUUGCAAGGAAUAUUAUAUGUAUAGCUCAUUUUCAGUCAUAAUUGCUCUGGUUGUAUUGCUAUAGAGGUGAACUUGAAAUUGCACAUUUUUAUCAUGACAAUAAUAAGGCUAAUGGACCAUUUGCAUUAUAGACUAAAUUCUGGUCUAGACAAAAAUUUCAUCACAGCUUGAAAGAGCAUCACCGCAAAAUUAGUAAUAUUCCAAAGUUUCGUUGCGAAAUGUUGUAAAAUGCGGAUAAUUAUAUAGCCUUGCGAAAUUUGCAAUUUUCAGUCAUUUUGUAUUAUAAACGGGAAAUUGAUGCCCCAACACCCGAUUGGGCUGUCAAUUUCCCGUGGGUAAUACAAAAUGACUGAAAAACGGCAAACUUCGCAAAGCUAUAUAUUUUACAACAUUUCGCAACGAAACUUUGGAAUUACUAAUUUUGUGAUGCUCUUUCAAGCUGUGAUGAAAUUUUUGUCUAGAUCAAAAUUUAGUCUAUAAUGCAAAUGUCCAUUGCCAGAUAAGGUAACUUUUGCGCGUUCAUGUAUGUUAAAAUAUUAGCAACAACCUUUUGUUGGUUUCUUAAGGUCUUCUAAACACAUCUACUGCAUGCACGUGACACACUUCCUCCAUGGAAUUCUCAGGGGAUUAUAUUUCACGACGUAUGCUCCCCCACCAGUAUGUCAAAACGAAUUUUCUUUUUUCUUGCAGGUAAAUUUAAACGGAAAGACUGCUGGAAAAGAUCUACUGACCUACAACUUUUAGGAAAUAAGAACCUAUUGGCAGAAGAUAAAGAUUACAGUAACUUAAACACUCGUUUUUACUGUUACGAAGAUUCUGCAAGCUCAAAUUUAUUGCAAUGGGAUGGUCAACCAUGCCCAAUACCUCAUCCAAAACUCUCAAUCCACAGAGGACAUAUGAUCGCCGCUCAGUAUGGGCAAGGUCAUGGACAACAGGCUGGUGUUGACGCUACAUUUACCUACACAAAUGCUGUACCACAAAUAGGCCCCUUCAAUUCUGGCAAAUGGAGGGUUGCCGAAUCAGGCGUGAUUAAGAGGGCCACGAACUGUCAACAAAACGCAGCGAAAAAUGGGCACGAUGCAAAAGUUUAUGUUGUAGUUGGUGUGGUUCCAUCAAGCUUUGUCGGAGAACCAAGGUUCUUUGGUUCGGCCGGAUUCGGUAAUUUCCAAGGCAUGUCGAAGACCACCCCUUUGAAGGACUAUAGAGUUUCGUUUCCAGAGAUCAUGUGGACCGCUGGCUGUUGUAUUCAUACUGAUGGAACCAUCGCUGAAAAGUUUGCGUUUUGGAGGCGCAAUUGGCCUACUAAAGAUGCUGUGAGACAAUUUUCCUCUGCUAGCGGUAUGUUCGCGGAUAUCCAAACUGAAAUAACAAAGGCUUGGCCAACUAUUACGUUUAAAGUCCCAACCAUUUUUCCAGAGGAGACAAACUGCGAAUAG